UGCGACCCAGCCCAUCCCUGCGUGAAAGCAUCCGCACAGUAUUUCCUGGUAUGGUGUUUCCCGGAGCCGGUAAUGCAGGAAGCUAACAUCCCUUACCAACGACACGAGGAAAAUUAUCAGUAGCAGUGAGAGAGAAAGAGACAAAGAGAGGAAAAAAAACUUCCAACCACCGAGAAACAGCGCGAAAGGCAGGCAUACGUGAAAUCAUAAAAAUGGAUAAACGAACGAGCAUGAAAAUUGGAUUAUUCUGCGUGCUCCUUGGAGUUUGUUCGGCAGUGAAAAUCAUCAACCUGAAGGUGCCACCCACGUACCUGCUGGAUCUGACCUCCAAAACGCCCGACCCGCUGAUACUCGAUUGCGAGUACGAGGUGGACGAGAACGAGAAAGGGUUCGUGCUUAAAUGGCUGCUCGAUGGGCAACCCGUCUAUCAGUGGAUCCCUUCAAAGAAUCCCUUCCCAUUCCAAUCGUUCAAGAACCGAGUUGACACGAGCUACGUGGUGUCGCAGGAGGAUAUGCACAAACACCGGGCAAUGGCGAUCAUCAAACCGUUGGCCAACUUCACCGGGGAGUACAGCUGCAUCGUGCAGACAUACGCUUCGAUCGACCGGAAGGCGGCAAAGCUGAAAAUAAUUGUUCGAGAAAGCAAAUUCGACCUAAGUUACUAUUCUAAUGGAGAGGGAGAAGUGACUGUGGAGUGCCAAGCACGAGAUAUUUCUCCACAACCAGAGCUCCAAAUUCGCAUCAACCAGGAGCCUUUCGAAGCGGAAAAUCUAAACUCCAUCCAGGGUGACAACGGCCUGUAUAAUGCCUCGAUAAGCGGAACACUGCGAAAGGAUAAGCUCGAGUCACCGGCACAAAUCGAGUGUCUGCUAACGAUACCGGACACAAACUACUGCAAACGCCGGUCGACGACAUACUACGCGCCUGAUAUUAAAACUAAAUAUAAACCGCUUCCAGAAUCGCACCUCAAAACCACAACCACCACGGUAGCAACUACUACUACGGUGCAAAUGUUGCAAGCGGCACCGGAAAACUUACAAAAGAAGGAACUGUAUGCCUCCGAUUCAAACAGCGCCAGUAGCCUUCCGAGUCCAAUCCUACCAACGUUGAGUGUGUUGGUAAUCUGGAGGAUCUUAGCGUCAUUUUUAUCGUGGUGUUUUUCUAGGUGAACGUUUAGUUGGGCAUGCCAAACCAUCGAUCGCACAUCAUCUUUACACACAGCCAAGCUGACAUACCACGUUGAAACGCCGGUGUAAAUAGUUUAAAAGGCAGAUGGUGAAAAUCCCGUUUAGAUGGUAACGAGGGCGAUGGUUGUCAGUCUUAUCUCAGCUCCGAUUAAGCAACGUUAGUCAAACGAUUCGAAGCGCGUGCAAUUAGCGAACGUGGAGGUUCAAAUGCGAUAGAUGAAACGUAACUAAACGAAAUAAUUAAAAUGGAAAAGAGAAGUACGAAGUGAUAGGAUCAGGAAGAGAAAUUAUUAUUCGAGCAUGUAAUGCAAUCCAUUUUUUGAGUAACAUUCUUAAAUUAUGUUUUACAGUUCAGUACAUUUGUCAAGAUAAAAACGGCAAAUUGUCAAUGAAACAAUCAGAUUGCGGAACCAUGUCAAAAUUACCUUAAUAUAAGCGUCAGUGGUUAUGGAAACCUAUCGAACAUGGUGAGAAAUUUACAGCCAAUUUAAAAGAAGAAAUACGCUAGGAAAAACAUAGAAGCAACGUGCAUAUUCCACGCUUUCGUUGUCAUACCCAUACCAAAUCAAUAAUUUUAGGGUGAGAAAUGCUUUCUAAAAUGGUGAAUGGUAGGAAAAAUACAUAUUUUGUGUUAUGACUUGUAGCCUGACGUCGAAUCCAAUGACAUUGAAAUGUUUUACACAUUUCACUACAAAAAUCGCUUUACUUAAGUUCGAUGCAUAUGUAGCAUUGAAAAUAGGGGAGGUGUAAUAAAACUGUCCUAGAGCAAAUUUGUCCAUUUUUAAAACGGUGUCAGCUCGGUGUAAGUAGGAAAGAUCAAGACAGUCUCAAUUUAUGGUAGAACGAAUGAGAGAAACUUACCGGAGGCAAAAGGCAAAGCUUAAACUAAAUCACAAACAACUAGAAGAAAAGAAAAAGAAAAUCCUAAACCCAUCAAACCGCUAUUUUAUACAAUACAAUACAUGUGCAUACAAUUACGUUCGAUUGUGUUUCGAAACACAAUCAACCAGCGUGAAGUGUGCGAACGAUUGAGUAAAGAAUAGGAGACGAAAGUAGAGCAUGGGAAUUUUGAUGCCUUAUGAACUCUAAAAAUGGAAAUGAUACUCUGCCACCAUUGAAUAAUAUGAAUAUAUGUACAAGGAAGUGAGCAUUGGCUUACCGGUGCCCAAGUUUAAGUCUUGCUGAACGAUAACAUUUUCUCUUGAUUUAUUUUUAUAUAUACGAUUAAUUAAAGUGAUACAACAAAAAAAAAAGA